ACUUGAUUUGAGGAGAUAAAAAUGGCAAACAAAGUUGUAGCAUUGUUCAUUUGCUUUGUCCUUGUAGCUGCGGUUCCAGCAACUAAGGCUACAGGGGAUAUUUACAAGGCUUGCUUUAAUCCGUGCAACGAAGGUUGUUUGCCAGAAAAGAAGAGCCAUUCACUCUGUGAGAAGUACUGCGACGAGGGAUGUGAAGCUUUGGAAAAUGUUGCCAAACUAGGUGGCAAGAUUGACAUAUCGAAAGGCACAAUAGAUGGACUGAAAAAUCUCGACGUCGACGAAGCUAAAGGCACACUUAACGGAUACAAGAUAUGGGAUCCCAAGAACAACUAAGAUAUGGAAACCUCAGGAAAGGCACAAGUGAUGGAACUUAUUGAGAGUUGAGAAUGAAUGUGAGAAAUGAAUGUAAUAUCUCCUCGCCUGUAUAACAAGU